UCUUCAGCCUCUCAAUCUCUCACUCACUCACCAAAAUCUGAAACACAACCAAAAGCAGAAGAAAAAAAAGCUUUUGAAGAUAUCAUUACUCAUAAUGGCUGAUGAUCCUCAAGACAAGGUUGAACGUGACCGCAUUUUCAAGCGCUUCGACGCCAAUGGCGACGGCAAGAUCUCUGCAGCCGAGCUCGGAGAAGCCUUGAAGACGCUCGGCUCCGUCACCGCGGACGAAGUGCAGCGGAUGAUGGCCGAGAUAGACACCGAUGGCGACGGGUUCAUUUCGUAUGAAGAGUUCACAGAUUUUGCCCGUGCCAACCGUGGAUUAGUCAAGGAUGUUGCAAAGAUAUUCUAAGUGUUUGUAUACGGCUUUUUUGUUGAUUUCUUGUUCUGUUUUGGUCUCUUUUUUCUUUUUCUUCAUCAUUUUUACGUGUAUCUUGUCGUGCUUGAUUUGAUAUUUGCUUGAAAAAACAAAUCAAAUGGGCUCCAUUCUUAACAUUUUUCUUCAAAAGAAAUGCGGUUUUGGUUGUUAAGCUGUAACUUCCAUGAA